CUCCAAAGAAGAAGGAGGGGGAUUGUCCGAAAUAGCCCGGCUCUUGAGGGUCUCUAUUUCGGGCUCGAUGGGCUCUCGGGGCUCCUGGGAGCCGAGGGGCGGCCGCCCGCCGACCCCACCCCCGCGGGACCCUUCCGGCAUCAACAGCAUCGUGCAGCAGCACGCGAGUAAUAACAAUCGCGCGCCCGACGAAGACGCGAUGAGCAGCGACAGUUCGGCCGCGGAGCAGCCGCCGGACAGACGAUCCAGCUACGACAACGUGGACGACCCCAGGGGCUUCUACCCCAGCAAGCCCCCGGCGGCGGCCGUGCACCGCAGGAGUCGGGAGUCGUCCCUACAGCGGGCGACCACGCCGAGCCCCAGGCCGCAGCAACCGCACGUGCGUUGCUCCCCGUGCCCCCGGGCGUGCCCCUCGCCCCGGCACGACUGGGCGUCCGACCCGCCGUCCGACGAGGCGUCUUCGGAGCCACCCUCCGUCCGGCGGAGGCCGGCCUCCGCCUGCAGGGCGCCCCGCAGCCACCGGGGCAGCAUGCCGCCCGUCGACUACUUGGCCUGGGCGCACCACGCCGGCGGCGGCUGCUCGCCCUGUUGCGCCCCCUCUCCUCUGCCCUACCACUGGUGUGGACCUCCUCAGACUUGGCCACAUAUGCCCAUGCACGCGAAUAAUGAAGCAUCAUAUGAUUAUGAUGAUCUUCAGCAGAAAGUUUGCCAGCUGGAAGCAGAAAAGGAUCAGUUAGCUUUACAAGUGAAUGUUUUAAGCGAGCAAGUGGAUGCUCAAAAUGAGAAGAUUCUGGAAUUAGAAAAUUCUUUGUCUCAACGUAAAGAGCAACUGAAAAACUCCGAAGCGCUUCUGAGGCAAGAGUUGUCUUCAAGAUCAUCGGCAGAGAAUAACAAAUUGGACUUAAUGGCUCAAAUUUCAUCAUUGAGGUUGCGACUUGCCACUGUUGAACAUGAAAAGAAAGAAAUUGAGGAGAGAAAUACAAAACUUGAGAACGAGCUUAUAUUGACCUGUGCGUGCUUAGCGGAAAAAGAAGCGGAUUUAGCAACAAUCAAAUCAAGGAUGGCUCGCAAUGGUGCUAUUACGCCCAUUUUUGACACCAAUCCAGAAGUUGAAAAACUGAAAGGAGCCUUAACGUCGGUUAUGGCUGCAAAUGACGAAAAGGAGAAGCGCAUACAGGAAAUGAGCAGAUCCUUAAGCAGAUAUAAAAAACUACAUGAACUAGUUCUAUCAAACCCGUCCCGUAGAGCCAGUGAUGGAAUGACAAAAAAGACAUCUGAUGAAAGCUUUCUCUCUGCACAUGACAUAAUCAAUUCAUUUGACUUGGACAGCAUUUUGGAAUCUUCAUUCGACUACAACUUGACGGAAAAGCCUCCUCCCGCUCCCAGAACAUUUCAGGCCAACUUGGCGUCAGUUCCCGAGGACUUACUUCGACCGUCUUCUAGGUUUGGUGAAACAUCGAGAUACAGUCCCCUUUUCAGUCCAAUUCGUGGUGAAUCUCCUAGUCCGUUUUCUAGUCUGAAUAUCAACAAGUACAGCAGCUCUGAAAAUGUGAGCCCACCUACGCCACAGAAGACUCCACCAGCAAAGCGUCACUAUUCCACUCUUCCUCGACCACAUGGAGAUGAAAUCUUGCAAAAGUACACAAAGUCGCCUUGCGAAAGUACUCCAGUUGCUAUGUCUGCUGGCCAAACAUCGCACUCAUUCCACAAUCUGCACCAUUCAAGCCUUGAGGUUUCUCGUCCAUCUCGCUCUAAAGCUUCCUCUGGUAUGUCUUUUGGUAAAGGAUUUUUUAAAAUACGAUUGGGAAAACGCAGCUCAAGUGCUCCUGAACUAGCUCAUGAAAACGGAGAUGAAGUCGUUCAUCGGAAUGCCCACAUUCAAGGUGUAAACUCAAACUAUCGAAGACCAUCCUCACCCUUAGCAAGUUUACCGCCCAAGGAAAAAGCAAAGGGUUUCAGGAGAAUAUUUGGAAAAGUUAAGAGGACGGGAUCGGAGAACUUGAGUCCUUCCGAAGCAGAAUUUAAAAGAGGAGGUAUUAGAGCAACAGCUGGUCCAAGACUUGGAUGGUCAGAAGAUUUUAAAAUUAAACGUGAAAGCUUUAAGGUAAACAAGCCAUUUGCUGAAUGGGAUUGCACCAUGAUCUGCGAUUGGCUUUUAAACAUUGGACUAGGAAUGUAUGUUCCUGAAUGUAAAAAAGGGAUUAAGAACGGUGACCAACUACUGAAAGCAUCGACACAUGAUUUUGAGAAAGAGCUUGGAAUGAAAAAUCCACUGCAUCGGAAAAAACUACUCUUGGCUGUGUGUGGAGCCAAAGAAGAAACUGGAGAUAAUCUGGAACCAGCAGGAAAAAUUGAUUAUCAGUGGGUGGUAAGGUGGUUGGAUGACAUUGGGCUACCUCAAUACAAGGAUGCUUUUUAUGAUGCUAGAAUCGACGGGAGAAUGUUACAUCAUUUAACAUUAGAAGACCUAGCUCAUUUGAAAGUGACCAAUCUCCUGCAUCACAUUAGCAUUAAGACCGGUAUUUUAGUAUUGAGAGAAAAUAAGUUUGAUGUUCAUUGUCUGACACGACGUUCCCUUCCAGAUGAUGAGAAUAACUCAUCCAGUGUUAGCAAAUGGACAAACCACAGAGUAAUGGAAUGGUUGAAAACUGUUGAUCUUUCAGAAUAUGCUCCAAACUUGAGAGGGAGUGGAGUUCAUGGAGGCCUAAUGAUGCACGAACCACGUUUCACCGCAGAUCUUCUUGCAACAUUGCUGAAUAUUCCACCCAAUAAGACUCUACUUCGCCGACAUUUGAACACCCAAUUUAAGCAGCUCAUUGGGCCUGAUGUCAUGCAAAAGAAGAGAGAAUGGGAGGCCCAACCAAAUUUUAUUCCACUUUCUCCUAGUGCAAAAGUAAAGGUUAUAAAAAAGAGUCAUUUUUCAAUCAUGAAGAAGAAAAACAAAAAUGAAUUUGCACUAGACGACUACGUAUGCCCCAUGAACUUUUCAGAAAAAAUGUUUGGAAAUUCUGCGCCCACAAAUGGAUCAAAAAAUGGCUUGGAAGAAGAGAAAUUCUUAAUGAAAGAGGGGGUGCUGAAGAAUGAAAAUCUACUGGAAAGUAUGCCUGCAUCAAAUGUUUGACUUCUCAUUUUUGUGCUUUUUAAGAGAAUGUACAUAAUGUAUAUAUGCAUUCAGAUAACCAAAAUGCGGAUUUUCCAUCCUAAGGAGAGCAAUGUCUAAAUGAAAUUUAUUUUCUGGAAGAUACUUUUGUUACAAAAUUCGUAUUUUAGAUGUAUAUGAAAUAAAGUAAUUUUAAACGUU